AUGCACCACCCCCGCCUAGCAGACCUCUUCGAAGAAUUCACCCGCCCACACACAUCAACAGCUUCAUCAACCUCAAAUCAACAAUUCACACCGCAAGCCCAAUCCACAAACCCCGGAGCAGCAUACGGCUCCUCAUCCCCCUCCACAAUCCCCUCUUUCCUCCCAAUAGAAGACAUCUACGUCCAGCCACAGUACCAGCCUCCAAACCCGGAAGAUGAAGACGACGUCGUGCCAGAUCAACAUGCUGCAUUUGGUAUCACGCGGGCAAUGGAGCGGCGGAGAGAUCCUGUCUGGCGCGAUCUGGGCCUCGAAGCUCUAGUUAAUGGGCAGGGUCAUGGCGGGAGUGCAGUGACUGCUAAUGCGGGCGCUGGAGGUGGUUCCGGGGGCACUACGGCUGGGGGAUCGGGGCCUGGAGCUACGUUGAGAGGCACUGGUGGGGGUGCAGCGGCUGUUGCGUCGGCGGCUGUUCGAGUCAGGAAUACAGGGAGGAAAAUGGGUGGGAGGAGAGUUGUUUGUUUGCGGUGA